GCUACAUUUAUGCCAGAUGGACGUGUUUGGGGUAACCGAGUUAUCUACUUAAUGUGCCUUCCAAUAUUAAUAUGCCUUGGGUUCAUACCACAAAUAAAAAUAAGAAAAAAUGUAUCGUGCUGCUUGAAUAAAAUAAAAUUAAAGUUUUUUCUUUCUUUGUCCUAUGUCCGGUGUCCUCUAAAAGUUGACAUUAAUAAUCUGGCAAGGCAUGGAUACGAAGUGGCACAAGUAAACCGUCCUUAUUCUCGCGAUCGAGUCGCCUUGUGUGAUGGGCAAUAAGACUUCCGUUUCAGUUGGUUUCAGUGCACAGAUUACAUUUUAUUGUACAUUGCUGCUAGCUGCCGGCUGGGAGCUACAUCACUUAUCCAACAGUCAAUAGCAUCCGAGUUCUGACGACUGACACAUAAUCAUAUUAGAAAAUGGAAAAGAACCGACAUCUUCAGUAUUUGGUGGUCAGCGCGGUGUCUUUGGCCACCACUACGCUAGGUAUGUGCUCCUUAUGGACAACACCAGCGAUGCCUAAACUGCUAAACAAUGAAACCAGUAUUGUAAUAACUAAUAAACAAAUAUCAUGGAUGCUCAGUCUUUCGCCAGUAGGGUUAAUGAUUGGCAGCCUGGUGACAAGGUUUAUUUGUGAUCAAUUUGGUAGAAGAACAACUUUACUGCUGAGCGCAGUGCCUAUCGCUACCGGAACGAUAAUUGCAGCAUCGGCAAGUAAAGCAUGGUGGUUGUUCAUAAUGAAGAUUCUAUGGGGCUUCGGGACCGGUAUGAUAUCAUCUAUAGUAAUAAUAUAUAUAGCGGAAAUAGCGGAUAAGGAUAUCCGGGGACGGUUAUCUGUUGGUACGCGCAUCGCGUUCCACUUCGGGGGAUUACUUAUGAUGUGCAUCGGGGCUGUGGCGACGUAUGACGUCACAAACUACUUACUCCUAGCCAUGCCGGUGCUGUUCUUUUGCGCUUGCUUGUGGAUUCCGGAGUCUCCGUACUAUUAUUUGAUGAAGGGAAGACAAGAAGACGCGAAGACAGCGUUCGUGAGAUUGCGGGGUACGAGUGAGGAUCUUGACCUAGAGUUGGAACGAAUUAAGUCUCACGUGAAGAUGGACAUGCGUAAUCCCACCACAACUCUGGAACUUCUAAGAGGGAAACAGUAUCGGAGAGCGGUUAUUAUUGUGGUUGGGCUAAAACUGGUUCAGAUAAUGUCAGGUACUCAGGCAGUGCAACAAUACUUAGCUGUUAUCAUGAAGGAGAGCGGAGCUGAACUCCCCUUCUCCAUAAUGCUGAUCAUAUUUGGAGCUAUCAAAUUUGUUGUUGGUCUCAUGUCCUCAUUCCUUGCGGACAGAGUCGGUCGUCGUCCCCUCUUUAUCUUCUCCUUCCUUGGCUGCAGCAUUGCCUUAGCUACCGUCGGCACCUACUUCUUCCUUCUAGAAGUUAUUAAAGUUGACCAUGAUUCUAUCAAGCCUUUUGCCUUGUUGGCAUUUAUCGGAAUCGUUUCUUCAAAUGUCCUUUCCACGCUCGGCUUUAAUUCUAUCGCUGGCGUCGUUCAAGGGGAAGUUUUUCCUUUAAAUGUAAAAGCUGUGGCUAUCACAUCCUUAAAUAUAUAUGGAGGUAUUUUGGGCUUCUUAACAUUGAAGCUUUUCCAGGAAGUAAAGGACGCAGGUGGAUUGUGUGGGGUGUUUUGGAUGUACGCGUCGAUUACAUUUAUAGGUUCGGUAUUUUCAUACUUCUGUAUACCUGAGACUAAGGGUAAGAGUUUGAGAGAAAUUCAGGUUAUGCUACAGGGUGAGGAGUAUGACGAGCAAGAGAUGAAGAGUAUGAAUGAGAAGGAGGCAUGUGUGGAUGAGACACAAGAACUAAAAGAAAUUAAGGGAACAAAGAGUUGACCAAUUUGGAAGAUGCUUUUAAUAAUAAAUCGUUUAUUUGCAAACAAAGUGGUACAUUCAAUACAUUGUUUAAUUAUAAAAAAGAAACAACCGCACGCCAUAUAAAGACAGAUGCAAAUGUCAUUAAUUAUCAUGUCAUAAAAUUAAGAACACAUAAUUAAAACUGUUGUCAAAACUCAUUGAGUAGUUUUAACCAAUUUAAUAUUUGAUUAAGUACAAGGGUUGUCCAAUAAAAUGUGAUAAUGAGUAUGACGCGGUUAUCUUUUAUUGAAGGUAAUUUUAUUUUUAACGUAGUCAUUCAUUAACACAUUUCGCAUAGAUGCAAAACAGUACUUAUAUUUUUAAAAGCAAAAAAUAAUCUUUUUCAUCAUUAUAUCAAAUGUCUGCAACGCCUGCCAGUCUUUUUUUCUUUCCAAGGAGAAUGUAUUAUCACUUUUUAUUGAACAUCCCUCGUGUGUGAGGAAAUCUUAAACCUAUUUCAUGUAUACUAAGAUUUUUUAAAACGUUCCUAUAAUGUAUCUAUGCAUUAAUGUGACAUGUUUGUUAAGAAAAAUACUAAAAACAAAUUUCAAAGAGUCAAGCUUAAAGGCGGAACAGACAGCAUUAUUUUUUUUAUAACAAUCAUGAAUUAUACUCUAUAUAUAUUAUUAGCCAAUACAUCUGUUUUGCAUUUUUUUAAUAAGUCAAAUUAUAAUAUGACAACCGGUAAGACUGAUAUUUUACACUUUAUUUAAUAAACAAUUCAAAAUAAAUACAGCCACAUCAAUUUGACAGAUUACUAUUGUAUUCAGUGACUAUUGAAAUGUUGCCAUUUUCCGCUGGAUUUAUACAUGACAUUAUAUAUUAUUGUAUAUUUUUAUGUAUAUUGUCUUGGUGCUUUUAUUAAUUAUUAGGAAACAGUAAUAUAUAAUAUAAUAAGUUUGUAGUUAAACUAUAUUAAUGAAUUAAAAAAAAUGAACUGAAAAAAAUACUAUGUUUAUUGAGAUACAGUUUCUAAUUUUAGAAUAAGUAUAUUAUCGAGAAAGUACUAGAGAGAUCCCCUCUCUAGUACUUUAUAUACUCAAUUACUGAUAUACUAAUUCAUAACUUAACUUAGAGUAAAGACAAAAAUGACAGAUGUUUCUAUUUAAUUAAAAAUUACCUAUUAUUAGUCUGCAUUGGAAAAAUAUAUAGGUCUAGGUAGGUAGGUAGGUUUAAACUAUGGAGGUGAACAUUUGAAAUCACAGCUAGCUAAAAUAUGUUUGCCCAAAAAACUUAAUUAGAUUAAGACAAAGAUUGUAUUUGCCAAAUAAUUUUUUUAAAAUAAAUAGUCGUUAUACGCGACAAUAUCGUAAUGUUGUAUUAUUGAAAUAAACUCUGUAGCAAUAAAA